AUGGAUUCGAAGAUUGGUAUCCCAGUAGAUACUUCAAUCGUCCAAGUACCUAGUAUCAGUGGAUCAGCUCCUGGAGCUAGUGGAACCGUCGGUGGUUACGAUAUAGGAGCUUUGGGUGACCCGGCACAAAGUGAAGUUGGUGCCGGACCCGCAGGUGGACCAGCUGCUGAAUUUGGUGGACCAGGCGUGAGUGGAGUCAGUGGGGGAGCAGCAGGUGCAGUCAGUCCAGGUGUAGUUGGAGAACAAGGAUUGUCAGGAAUAGGGCCAGAAGCCAGUGGUUCAUCUCAACUAGAAGGUGGAGUUGGAGUUUCUUCCCCAGGGUAUGCUACACUAGAAUACGGGCAGCCAUCAGGAGGGGUUGGUAUUUCUUCCCCCGGAUUCGCACCUGUAGAUGGAGCGCAACAGGCAGGAGGUAUUCCAUCAGUUGGUGAAGCAGCGGCUCCAUCAACGGUUGACAUAAGCGGUGUCACCAGUUUGGGUGGAUUGGAUGCAGCGGGAACUGUUGGUGGUGUUUCAACCGGAAGUGUUGCAGGAUCUGGCCCUGGAGUAACGAUUGAUGGAUUAACUGGAGUUGUCGGGGUUGAUCAAGCAGGUGGUGGAGGGUAUUCCAUUUCUGGAGGAGCUGCAGCCCCUGGAGUUGGCGUUGGUGACCUAAGUGGUGGAAGUAUAGUCGGAGGUGUUGUUACAGCAGGAGGAGUAGAUGCGGUUGGAGUUCCUAGCGGAGUUUCCACAAGUUCUGUUACCGGUCAAGAUGCAGGAGCUGCAGUGACUUCGACUGGCGCAGGAAUCACUAUAACCGCUCAAGGAAUCGAAGCUGCCUUGGCCCAGUCAUCUGGUGGAACAUUUGGUGGAUAUGGGCUAACUGGUGGACAAGUAAGCCCCAGUGCGGGUGGUGUUAGUGGAAUCGAAGCAAUUGAAGCUGGCAUUCCUCCCAUUGUUGGAGGUGAUAUUGGUGUUAGUGUAAUUCCUGGUGAUGCUGGAACAACUCUUACAGGCGGCGUUGCUGGGUCAGGGGACUUAUAUACAGGUAUAACUCAAGGCGGCGCGAAUGGUGCGGUGGGAGCUGUAGGUGCAGUGGGAAUUGAAGCCGCAGGAGGAGUUGGAGGUGCAGCUGACCCAAGCACUGGAUCUGUUCAAAUAGGACUUGAUUUGCCAGCUGGAGACGUUGGAUUAAUAAGCGGUUCUGUGGACAGUCACCUGAUGGCGCUUAUCGUGAGUGGUGCUGAUCCUGGAACUGCUGAUACUGCUACCUGGAAUAUCUGA